CUAAAUUUAGACUAUUACCUGUAUUUCAAAGAAAUGUGUUUGGUCAUAUCAGCUGCGAAACAUGGACCCAGGAGAUCAAGGAAAUAGAUGUAGAGCAAGCGAGAACAGGUGUGACUGUAGAGACUGUAAACCUCACCAUUCCCUUGAACCUUACAAUACAUACACUGGCUCUGAAAUUCCCUCUUCUUAUUCCCAUCUUCAUCCUGAUUAUCCUGAUCCAACAUUGGAACAAGGGUGUUGUACCUGUUAUAAGUAUAAGACUUCCACUGCAAAAAGCCAACCCCUACUAACUACAUCAGACUGCUCAAGGGAAAUCACCAGGUCUCGGACUUGGUCAUUUUCUAGUUUUUACAGCAAUCCCAGAAGAUCGACGAUAACCGAUGGAAGAAAGCCAAUUAUUUAUUUGACAUUUUCUGAUAAAAGUAGGAGACACACACUUGAUAUUAGGAAAUUGUGUGAAGAAUUGAAGCAUUCUCUUGAGUUUUCUGUGAAAUGUGAUAAUUAUACUGCCUUAAGAAAAGUAGGAGAACUAAAUAUUUAUAGUUGGAGAGACAAAAACUACGAAGAAGCUAAAUGGAUACUGUUCUGUAUUUCUCCGGAAUACAGUAACGCAUUGAAAGCAGGCGAGUGCAAUAAUCCAGUGGCUGAAAUAGAUGAACAAGAACAAGGCAUCAUCUACAUUCAUAACAUUGCAAGAGCAGAGUUUCAGCAAAAUGGCAGCAAAAACUUUCGAAUGAUACCUUUAAUUUUUACAAAGACUAAGGCAUCUAAGGAGAAUGUUCCGAAAUUUCUAAAAUCCUCUCCGUAUUUUUUGUUUCCAGAAGAUAAAGAGGAUUUGUUUCAGUUAUUAAGUCCACAAAGACAGCAAUGACAGUUAGUUAAAGAAAUGAAAUUUUACAUCACUCUGA